CCACCUCCCGUGACGCCCUCCCGCUGCCUAGCGAGCUUCCGUACCGCUCCUUCAACUGUCAGAUCGAUCCUCAGUCGGGGGCGCGCGCUGCUAUGUUAUCGCGAUCCAGGUGUGCGUACCGGACGCUCGGUCGUUGUCUGUCAGCGGCGAGCCAGGCAAAUAAUGUGCUGGUCCGACAAAGUGUUUCGGGCCUCACUGUGGGCAGCCAGCUAGUUUACAGGAAUUCUCCCCCAUGUGAAUUUGGAUCCUCAGCAAAUGACCCCCACAUAAGAUACUUCAAGACAUCUACUGUCCACAGGGAGGAUGUCGUCACAGUCAAAACGCCUGCGUUUGCAGAAUCCGUUUCAGAGGGGGACGUGAGGUGGGAAAAAGCCGUAGGCGACUCAGUGACUGAAGAUGAAGUGGUGUGUGAAAUCGAGACGGACAAGACGUCUGUACAAGUCCCUGCUCCAGCAGCUGGUGUAAUUGAAGAACUGUUGGUGCCUGAUGGAGGAAAGGUAGAAGGAGGGACGCCCCUUUUUAAACUCCGGAAAGGAGCUGUUUCUGCCAAAGCUGCUCCAGCAGCAGAGGCACCGGCGGCCGCUCCGCAACCUCCACCUCCAGCUUCAGCACCCGCUGCGAUGCCUCCAGUGCCACCGCAGGCCGCACCAGUCAAACAGGUUUCCGCCGUCAAGCCCGUGGCUGCACCUCCAGCGGCGGCUCCUCUGACAUCAGCGGGAAGAGGAGAAAACCGGGUGAAGAUGAACCGGAUGAGGCUGAGGAUCGCCCAGAGGCUGAAGGAGGCUCAGACCACCUGCGCCAUGUUGACCACCUUCAAUGAGGUGGACAUGAGCAACAUUCAGGACAUGAGGAAAAUCCAUAAGGAUGCUUUCUUAAAGAAGCACAACAUCAAACUGGGUUUCAUGUCAGCAUUCGUGAGGGCUGCUGCUCACGCUCUGACCGAACAACCUGCCGUCAACGCCGUUAUUGAUGAUACAACCAAAGAGAUUGUCUACAGGGAUUACGUAGACAUCAGCGUCGCCGUGGCGACUCCCAAGGGGCUUGUUGUCCCGGUGAUCCGUAACGUUGAGACCAUGAACUUUGCUGACAUUGAGAAAACCAUCAACGCAUUGGGAGAAAAGGCUCGUAACAACGAGCUCGCUGUUGAAGAUAUGGACGGAGGCACCUUCACCAUCAGCAACGGGGGCGUGUUCGGCUCCAUGUUCGGCACACCCAUCAUCAACCCCCCGCAGUCCGCCAUUCUGGGCAUGCACGGCAUCUUCGACCGGCCUGUGGCCAUCGACGGCAAGGUUGAGAUCCGGCCCAUGAUGUACGUGGCGCUGACCUACGACCACCGACUCGUCGACGGCAGAGAAGCGGUCACUUUCCUUCGCAAGAUCAAGGCGGUGGUGGAAGAUCCCCGCGUGCUGCUCCUGGACAUGUGAUGUUUCCACCACCGCGUCACUCUCACUCAACGCUGCAUACGAUGAACUCCAUGUCGCAAAACACGCACAAGUCGUACAAAAUAUAUCGCUGUCGCUUUUAAAAAGUUCCCUCGUAGAGGAGGCACUUAAGGUGGGCCGUUGGCUACAUGACAAAGGGAAAAAAAGAUCCCCGGUCGUCCAUCGGGCUUCGUUUUUGCUGCAUUUGAAUGUAGAAACGAGACAAGUCGCAUUUAUUUUACGCGUAUUGAGACAAAAAAAAAAAACGGUACACGGGUUUAAAAAGUUGAUAACACCUUCGUCUCUUCAGAUGAAAGUGUGAGGCCGUAGACAAACACUCGUUGCAUCCUUGUCCUUUUUGUGUCAUCAGGAAAAUAAACAGCUUUUCCCAAGCGGCAUUUGACUCGCUGGUUAGCUCAUUUCCCCACAGCCAGGAUAACGGUUAACGCGGGAUUGGAGCCAUCUCCUGAUUCUAGUUGUUACGAAGAGGUGUGUAAGAAGGACUCUGUAACUGGAGCAGCAGGUUUUUGUGUGUGUGUCACCAGUCAUAUUCAUCCGUGUCAUGUUGAGCAAAUGUUGAUCAAACCACUGCGAGAUUUAAGUAAAACACAACCAGGACUUCACAAACUACGACUCACCGAACCGUGUUUUCUUUUCAAUAUGUCGGGAAUUAUGUUCAAAACAAACGAGUUGGCUGCAGGGUUUUAUGUUGAGAUUUUCCUUGCUAUAUAUAUUACUUGCAUCUAUUAAAGAAACCAUUUUUAAGCAUUAAACAUCUCAAAGCUUUCUGUA